CUUGUUAUCGUACUUAUACUCGUUUUCUCUGUUUUGUUUUUUUUUAAAUAAGUUUUGGAUCUUGCUUUUCAUUAUUUCUUCUUCCUAAUAGCUUCAUUAUCUAACACUUUUCUGUUAACCCUUUGAUUUUAUUCCUUAGGGUUUGUGAUUAUUUAUUCAUUCUUGGCUACUACUUCUUGAAUUUGCUUUAUUGUAAGAUGUUCCUUACUCCUCCAAAGUUAAAAUCCUCUAACUUAACACCUAAGUUUGAACCUUUUUAUUUAUUUAUUUAAUUAUUUGUUUGUUUGUGUUUUCUCAGUUUCAAAACAAAGUAUUCUGUUCUAGCUUAAAGUUUUUAGUUAUCAGAUUAGAAAACUUGGUCUUUGGUUUAUUCUCAAAUUCUAUUACCAUUUUUUAACUCUUGUUUCAUAUAUAUAUAGAGACAUUUUAUUUAGAGCUUAUACUAAUAUUUCUUUUGGUCCUUGCCUUUGUGUUCUAUUGCUUAUUGAGAGAUAGCUAUCUUCAAAAAUCAGUCUUCAACUCCCUUAUAUGAAGCCGAAUUCGCUAGUAAUCCCCAGUCACUCAUACGGCCUUGUACACGCUAUUAAAAAUGUUGUACUUUGUUGAUUCGAUAACGACAAAAAUGAAAUUGUCAAGUUUCGGCUUGAUGUUUAUGAAUAUGGUUUGGCUUCUUUUAGUACUUUUUUGUGUUCAAGGAAUAACUUCAGAAGGGAUCAGUUCAAGAAAUGAAGUAGUGAAAGUUGGAGCUAUAUUUUCACUUAGUUCUGUGAAUGGGAAAGUUUCUAAGAUUGCCAUUGAAGCUGCUGAGAAAGAUGUGAAUUCUGAUCCAAGUGUUCUUGGUGGAAGAAAGCUAUCUAUUUCAAUCCAUGAUGCAAAUUAUAGUGGAUUUCUUGGUAUCACAGGAGCAAUGAAGUACAUGGUGUCUGACACAGUUGCAAUCCUCGGUCCAGAAGAUUCUACAAUGGCUCAUAUUCUUUCCCAUCUUUCUAAUGAACUCCAUAUCCCAUUACUCUCAUUUACAGCAUUAGAUCCAACACUUUCAUCAUUGCAAUAUCCAUACUUCAUUCAAACAGCUCCAAAUGAUCAGUUCCAAAUGACUGCAAUUGCUGAUAUAAUUCAUUAUUACGGUUGGCAUGAUGUCGUCGUAGUUUUCACCGACGACGAUCAAUGUCGAAACAGUAUGAUUGAUUUAGGUGAUAAACUUGAACAGAGAAGCUUGAAAAUUUCCUCUAAAGUCCCACUUCCUCCUUUCCCAACAGCAACAAGAACUCAAGUUCAAGAUGCAUUGGUAAAGAUCAAAAUGAUGGAAUCUCGAGUAAUUGUAUUGUACACUUUUUCGAAAACUGGUUUCUUGGUUUUCGAAGUCGCUCGAAGCCUUAAAAUGAUGGAACCUGGUUAUGUUUGGAUAACUUCUAGUUGGCUAUCAACAGAAAUAGAUUCUACUUCAUCACUUCCUUUGGACAUUGCCAACUCUAUCCAAGGGGUUCUUACACUUCGUCUACACACACCCGAUUCGAAAAGUAAGCGAUCUUUUAUAUCGAGAUGGAACGAGUUGAGUAACAACUCGUCAAUUAGGUUGAAUACAUAUGGCUUAUAUGCUUAUGAUACUGUUUGGAUGAUUGCAAGAGGAGUGAAAAAGUUAUUGGAUCAAAAUGGGACUAUCUCAUUCUCUAAAGAUACAAAAAGUGCUGGUAGUCUUAUUGGAGACACCUUGGAUUUUAGUUCACUAAGAAUCUUUAAUGAAGGAAAUGAUUUGCUCGACAGUUUAUUGAAUAUAAGUAUGAUUGGUUUAACAGGGCCUAUUCAGUUUCAGGAUAAAUCCCCUGUCCGACCUUCAUAUGAUAUCCUAAAUGUUGUGAAAUCUGACAUGAAGAGAAUUGGAUAUUGGUCUAACUAUUCCGGUUUAUCUGUUGUGGCACCUGAAACGUUGUAUCAAAAAUCAAUUAACCGUUCUAUGUCAACCGACAAGUUAAAUAGCACAAUGUGGCCUGGGGGAUUGAAAACAAAGCCUCGGGGUUGGGUUCUUCCACUAGAUGGAAGACAGUUACGAAUUGGCGUUCCACGAAGAGUUAGUUAUCAGGAGUUUGUGAUGCCGGGGAAUGGUAAUGGAACAAUCAAAGGAUAUUGUAUUGAUGUGUUUACUGCUGCUAUCAAUUUGCUUCCAUAUGCAGUUAAAUAUGAGUUCGUUUUGUUUGGAGAUGGUGAGGAGAAUCCUAGCUAUCUUGAGCUUGUAAAUAAGGUUGCAUCGAAAGAAUUUGAUGCUGCUGUUGGUGAUAUUGCAAUUGUGACUAGUCGGACAAAGAUCGUCGAUUUUACGCAGCCUUAUAUCGACUCAGGGCUUGUAGUUUUGACCCCUGUGAAGAAGGUGAAUUCAAGUCCUUUGGCAUUCCUUCGCCCAUUCUCACCAAUGAUGUGGGCUGUCACAGCAACAUUUUUCUUCCUCAUUGGAUUAGUUGUGUGGAUACUUGAACAUCGGAAAAAUGAUGAAUUUCGAGGACAUCCCAGGACGCAAAUUGUCACAAUUCUCUGGUUUGGCUUCUCAACUAUGUUUUUUGCACAAAGAGAAAAUGUGGUGAGCACGCUCGGUCGUUUCGUGAUUGUCGUGUGGCUUUUUGUGGUUCUAAUUAUCACCUCCAGCUACACCGCUAACCUCACAUCCAUAUUCACAGUACAACUAGCCACCUCCCCUAUUACAGGAAUCGAUUCAUUGAUAUCUAGCAAUGUUCGUAUAGGAUUCCAAGUUGGUUCGUUUGCUGAAACUUAUCUAAGCGAGCAACUUAAUGUCCAAAAAUCUAGGCUCAUUGCUCUUGGAUCCCCAGAAGAGUAUGCUGCCGCUCUCAAGAACGGAACCGUCGGCGCUAUUGUCGAUGAGCAGCCAUACAUCGAUCUCUUUCUCACCGAGUAUUGCGAUUAUUCAAUACAGGGUCAACAGUUCACCAAAAGUGGAUGGGGAUUCGCAUUUCCACGAGAUUCUCCGUUGGCGGUAGAUUUAUCGACGGCCAUACUCACUCUAUCGGAAAAUGGGCAGCUUCAAAAGAUUCACAACAAGUGGUUCUCAAGAAAAUCUUGCAGUUCAGGAGAUUCGGAUUCCGAACAACUUCACUUGCAGAGCUUCAUUGGAUUGUUCUCCAUUUGUGCCGGUGUCUGUUUAUUCGCUCUUUUGCUCCAUUUUCUCGCCACAAUGUGCCAAUUCAACCGCCAUUUGAAGCAAGAUCCAGAAGCUUCAACCACCAGCGCGGACGCGGGUCCCGGUGCUACGCCGCUCCAAAAGUUCUUGAAGUAUGCAGAUAAGAAGAAGGAAAGAAGGACGAGCUAUUCGAAGAGGAAGGUGGAAGAUGCAUUGUCGAGUGUUCGUUAAAGUCGAGUUUCCAAUUUGCGAUAAAUACUUUUUGUAUCUGAAUUACGAAUAAAAAGGCAUUCUUUUCCCACUUACAAAUGUAAUUAAACUUGAAAUAAGCAAAUUUCAUGUACAAAAUGCGUACAUAUAUAACGGCUAUUCGGAGCAUGAAGUCCAAUUUUGAACAUAGACGAGUCUUUUUAACGUU